GCUGUGUCCUCAGUGGAUCUCGCAGCCGGACAUUGAUGUGGUCACUGAAGCAACUGGUGCUUAAGACGCGUUCGUAUCGACAACAGCAAACAACGAGUAAUAUCGAGCUGACGCGCUUUCUAGAGGAUUAAAGCGAGGCUGAACGCGUCUUUCUGACGUGUCCAGUGAAACUGAGCAGUGUAUGAAGAACAUCUUGAAGUUUCCGUGAGGAGGAAGGUUUCUGAGGGACAGAGUGGUUUUGGUGUUUUCUGUGAUCCAUAGUUGGCAUGUUGGAUUGUGUGUGCAUGCUGUCUGCUUUAUAACGGCGUGAUUUUCAUCCCAUCUGCAUGCUACUUCUGUGUGUCCACCUUUAACUCCAUCAUGGAUGAAAACUGUGAUAACCCCCCGAUUCUUUCCUCCAAGAAGCGCUGCAGCUGCAAGCGGGAUUCCGGCUCCGAUCCGUGGCGGGAUGUGGAGCGUCUCCACGCGGCGUUAGAGGUGGAGCGCAGCCGCAACAAGCAGGCCCACCGCCGCUUCUCUCUGGAGCUGCGGAGGCAACGUGAAGAGGCUCGUGAGGAGCGAGAGCGAGCGCUGAGAGAGCUGACCUACCGACUCCAGCAGCAGAAGACGCUGGAGCUGCUGAGACAGCGGGAGGCUCUGGGCCGAGAGCGUGCGGUGGAGGUCCGGCGUCUGUUACGCUGGCGGAGUCAGGAGUUGAAACGUAGCGAGAACUUGAAGCUGAGGCAAACCCAAGAAGUGCAUCGUCAGCUGGUGGAUGAGAUCACAGGUGGAUCUACGUUUCAAGGUCUCAAACCUGGAUGUAAAGGCAACGGGGCGGCGUAUCGCAAACUUGAGGAACUCCUAAAGACUCUGCUUGCUCAGUCAGAUGGACGGCAGGUCGCUGUCCUUCAGCGUCUCCAGCAGGAAGUGGAAUUAGAGAAGAGCUACUUCCUGUGCCACCUACUGGAAGCCCAUAGUGGGACGUCCCGCGUCGUGAAACGAUCCAGACCGAGGUCGAAGAGUUGCGUGCAUCUGCUCGCGCAAGGCCUAAACCACCCGGGAUCCUCUAAGGAAGGAAAACUCGCUCUAUUCCGGUCUCGUUCGCUAUCCCAGACGUCCCGAAGCAAUUCUCCUCAACCUAUGAAGAAGAAAAAGAAGCGGGAUUGCGAAACAUUUCCUCUCAGCUCAUCUCCAACCGAGGAUGGAGAUCUUCUAGAGGAUUUACCUGAGCCGUGUUCAUCUGGUGAGGCAUUGGAGAAGUGCUCACCGUCCAGAUGUUCAGAGGACAAUAUGGAUGAUCUGAAUGGCAGGGACUAUGGGUUCCUGGUGCGUCAGAACUCAGAGCUGCUGCGAGCGCUGGAGGAGAUGGAGAAAUCAUGCAACGCUCUCAGAGAGGAGAACAAGAUACUGAGGAAGAGCAGUUCUCCGGAGACGGAGGAGAAAGUGAAGAGGUUGAGGAAGAGGAACACCGAACUCGCUGUCAUCGCCAAACGUUUGGAGGAGAGAGCGCGGAAACUACAGGAAGCAAACCUUAAAGUGGUCAAUACUCCGAUGCCGGUGAGAGCGGGCGCUGUGGAGCAGUACAAGCGAGCGUUCGCCCGUCAGAGAGCCAGAGACCUGGCGCAGCACGCAGACACACUGCUGUGUAAAGACAAGCAGAUCGCAGCGCUGCAGCACGAGUGCAGACAGCUGGAGACACGGCUGGGACAGGGGACGGGUCCUGUGGGCGUCAGUGAGUUCGAGCGUCUCCUGAAGGAGUCUCAGAAGGAGGUGCUGCGUCUGCAGAGACAGCUGUCUGUCACCUCCAGCAGAGACCAGAGCAGUGUGACCACAGAAAACCCUUCAGAGACACAGGAGCGAGACAGCAGGGUUGCGUUUGAAGCCCCGCCCACAGCAGUAGAUGAGGCCCCUGUUAAAGGGGAGGAGACUCCUGCAGAGGGGGAGGAGUCAGAGACGCAAGUGAAGCCCGAACAGGGCACAGGCUCCACCCACCAGGAAGAGCAGACCACAGAAGAGCGUCUUCAGUUGCUGGAAAGUGAGUUGGUAAAGAAGAGGAAAGAAUGUGAAGUUCUUGAGCAUGAGGUGCGGAAGAGACAGAAACGAUGUCUUGAUUUGGAGAACCAGCUAGUGGACGAGCGCAGCAGAAAUGAGCACUUAGUGGAGGAGGCAGAACUCCUCAGGAGAAAGGCUCAGCUGCUCGACCAGUCGCAGGCUGAAAAUGAGGAGCUGAAGGAACAGCUCUGUGUUUUGAACGCUCAGCAUAGUUCAGUUCUGGAGGAGAACCAGCGACUCCGUGCAAAGCUGGAGAACCUAGAGCAGGUCCUAAAGCACAUGCGAGAGGUCGCCGAGCGCAGGCAGCAGCUGGAACUGGAGCAUGAGCAAGCACUGGCUAUCCUCAAGUUCAAACAGGAUGAGAUCAAGCGACUCCAGCGGGCUCAGUUAUUUGCUAAAAGAGAACAUGAAGGUGUCGUGCAGAUGCUGGAGGAUCUGGUGCAGCUCGUAUUGCACAGAGAGCUGGCAAAAGUUCGUGAGCUGGAGGAGAAAUGCCGCAGUCAGAGCGAGCAGUUCGGGAUGCUGUCACAGGAACUGGACAAAUUCAGGGUUCAGGCCUCAAAGAUCGACCUGUCGGGCCCCGGCCUGACCCAGCUGACCAAUGGGGUCGGCCUGUCCGGCACAAGUGCCUCAUGGGAAGACAUCGCGUUCUGGAGUUUGGAGGGUAAUGAAGCCCUCUGUGACACCUCUGAGUCUGAUGUGGCUGCGGUUUUGCGGACGGGCUCCACUCCCCACGCAGCUGAACUGUCCCGUCCCGAACGCUCACCGACCGUCAAACACCGAGAGCUGCCUGCCAUCAGCCUGAAGUCCGGCUCCACGUCCAGCCCUACGCCCCCCAGAUCGCCUGAGACAACUCACCUCUCUCCCAAAUCUGCUGGAUCUCACCCGGCCAGCCCCAGAAAGGCCAGCCCUACACAUGAGGUGGACACUGCUAGUGAAGUUGAGGAACUGGAUAUUGAUGUUUCUCAGGCGUCGUAUUCAGUCAGUAAAGGAGCAGCGAAACUCCAGGUCUUCAUCGCACGGUACAGUUACAAUCCCUUUGAUGGUCCUAAUGAGAACCCAGAGGUCGAGUUGCCCCUCACAGCGGGGGAGUACAUUUACGUCUAUGGAGACAUGGAUGAUGAUGGCUUUUAUGAGGGCGAGCUAAUGGAUGGCAGAAGAGGCCUCGUUCCCUCCAAUUUUGUGGAGCGCGUGUCGGACGAUGACUUCAUGAACUCACACCCUCACCAGGCUGGCGAUAUGUCCCAUAAUUCCUUCCAGGAGAGCAGCUUCCACAGCGGCAGCGAGCGGCUGCACCAACACCACUUACGCUUCGCCCACAGCGCCUCCGAGAGGACAGAGACCUCCAUGACAGCAUCGGCUCCCGGUGAAAAUGCCAAAGCUAACCCUGCCCCGGCCGCCCCGCUCAGUAAUGGCUUAGACUUGGAUCUAGAGGAGGUUGGGGUGGACACUGUGCCUUACCCCCGCAAGCUAGCACUAAUCAAGCAGUUAGCCAAGAGUGUCAUCAUUGGCUGGGAAUCUCCACUGGUCCCGGCUGGCUGGGGUUCUGUGUUUAGCUAUAAUGUCUACGUGGACCACGAGUUGCGACUCAAUGUGCCAUUUGGUACCCAAACGAAGGCCGUUCUGGAGAGGCUAGAUUUGGUGCAGAAGGCAUAUCGGAUUGCAGUGCAGUGCCUGACAGAGCGAGGCAACUCGGAUCAGCUGCGUUGCAGUAUGCUAGUUGGACGGGACGUGAGCGUAGCGCCGACUCAACUGCGUGUUGAACGCAUAACGGCUACCUCAGCCAGUCUAACCUGGCUGCCUAGCAGCAGUAACUAUGUGCACAUUGUGUCUUUAAACGACGAGGAGUGUGAGCUGGUAAAGGCGGGAUGCUAUUCACUGUGCCUCAGCAACCUCACACCCAACAUGCAUUACAACGUUAAAGUGGAGGCCAGGCCACACCGCACAGCCUGGGAACUACCGCCGGAGUGCAGAGAACAGAAAACCGCAGUGACCUCUUUCACAACCCUGUCUGCAGGUCCUCCUGAUGCUCCUCUGGAUGUGCAGUUGGAGCAAGGCCCAUCUCCGGGAAUAGCUCAGAUCAGUUGGCUGCCUGUUACUAUAGAUGCUGCUGGGACAUCCAAUGGUGUACGAGUCACUGGCUACACCAUCUAUGCUGACAAGAAGAAGGUAUUAGAGGUGUCGUCACCCACAGCAGGCAGCGCUCUGAUUGGUCCAUCUCAGAUCCAAACAUUACAGGCGGCCCAUGAGCUCACCGUGCGGACCAUGUCAGCUUUUGGCGAGUCGAUGGACUCAUUGCCGGUGAAUGUGCCCGCCAAAUUGCCUGCCAUCAUGUCCGGUGCCUCAUUGCCUCAAUGCCAGUCUGUGCCAGCCACCGCCAGUGUCCUCACGGCCAGUGCCAACCCAGAUCCUGCUGUCUGUGCCACAUCUCUCUCAUCUGCCAAAUUGCCCAUUCUGCCACACACUGCUACAAUGGAUGAACACACCAUUGGUCCUGUUCGGGGAGUCUAUGUCAGUGCACCGAAUGCAACCACCCGUGAGGUGUCUCCAUCUCCUGCUUCCUAUGUAGAAGCCUGGGCAAACCCAACACCAGCUGCACCCAUGCCAGCACAGGAGGCACUGUCGAUAUGUAGCUCAUGUACUAACUCAACGGUGAGUGUUACACAUGCACCCAUGGUCGUGCCUGUGCCUCUUGCUACACCAACAUCCAUGGCCAUACCAGCUCCCUUGACCUCACUAGGAACUAUGCCCACACCAUUGUCCAUGACAGUGGCAGGUCCUGUAGUUGUGCCAGCACCUGCUACCAUGCCUGUGCCCAUGUCUGCGGCCAAACCUGCACCUAUUGUUGUACCUGCAUCCGUGCCAGAGCAGUCUUGUGUGGCUCCUGCUGUGCAAAACACAAGCAGAGAGACAGACAGCCCAGGAGGCCUGCGUCCUGUUGCCUCCCUCUCCGACUUCUUGGAGGAUCCACGUGCCAAACUUCACACACCACCACCACCCAGUUCCACCUGCCCCAAAGUCAACAUCCCAGGAAAGGACCCUCUCGAUAUUCCAGAUACGCACCCACUGAGACCUCCUAAUCCGUCACCCUUUGAAUCAGAGCCAGAGGAGGACAGGGAGAACACCAGGCUCGUAUCCAUAGAGGAGUUCCUGCGGCCUGUGCCUCAACCUCGAAUAAAGGCCAGUUUCCAAACUAAAUCUGGAGACCAUGUCUAUGCUGGUGGUCUUAUGGACCCUCCCCCAGACUACCAAGGGGAGAGCAGUCGGUCUGAUCUGUCUGACAUACUGGAAGAAGAGGAGGAAGAUCUGUACUCUGAACCAAUUACUGACAUCUCCAGAGGUUACAGUACAGCUCCUACGGGCAGGUCUGAAAUGUGGGAACCUGACAGCGAUGAAGAAAUUUUGGAGAGGAUUAUAAAGCUCCCCCCUCAAGCCUACCACAACAAGCAGCUCUUUAGCAUCCCAGAAGUCACAGAAGAAGAAGACAACACUGAAUCUGAACCCUACACUAGGCCUUCCCCGGGCCGAACAACUUCUGGCAAUGGCCGCCAAAGUGGACAUGAUGGUCGUCGACAUUCCCCCAAUCAUCACAAUCAGGGACAUAAAAUGGAAUCUGAUUCCCCCGUAGUAAGGUACAAAGGGAAUGUGCCAGUCAGGACUAGACCCAGAGUGCACUACGCUGACAAGGUGGACACCAUCAACUAUCUGGAUGAGGAGGAGGUGGAGUUGGACUCUGACAGUAGUCUGUACGCUGGGCCUAGUUCUGUUAAUGUGGCUGCACGUUGUACACCGCACAAAGGUCAUGGCGACCAACUCAGGAGAGAGGCCUUGCUCCGUAGCCAGAUGACUUCAGGAAAAGGGCAUGGACCGCAUUUACUUAGCAAGACCAUUCACCGUGUGAAGUCACCCACUGGACCCUCAACAGAGAUUGACGUAGAGUAUGGAACCGAUAACGACGAGGAGCCUCAGCUGUUUGAUCCUGGAGAAGUGGUGUUAGAACAAAUGAGCUCGGAGUGGUGGGUUGAAGGCGGUAACAAUGAGUACCACCACUUGCCCCUGACAUGCAGACCCCAGCCAGAGCUGCCCCAAAGCAGCCGCUCAUGGGAGGCAGGUGUAAGAGAAGCAUCGGUGGGAGAUCCAGGUGCAAUGUGGUGCGAUGUCACUCCAAAAUCGCCACGGCCUGAAAUUAGACUACAUAGAGAGCCCAGAGCAUCUGGAGAAAAUGAGGUGAGAGUCUUCGUUGCCCUCUUCCCAUAUGAUCCUGCAGUCAUGUCCCCCAAUCCUGAUGCUGCUGAAGAAGAGCUUCCCUUUAAAGAAGGACAGAUUAUCAAGGUUUAUGGGGACAAGGAUGCGGAUGGUUUCUUCCGGGGCGAGGCGGGUGGCCGUCGUGGCUAUGUGCCGUGUAACAUGGUUUCAGAGAUCCAGGUUGAUGAUGAGGAGACCAGAGACCAGCUCCUGAAGCAGGGCUUCCUCUCCACAGAGACCUCAUUGGAAAAGAUAGACGCCCGCUCACAUGCACAGCUUCCACGCCGCCCCGCUGCACCGCCGAAACCUAGACGCUCCAAGAAAGUGGAGUCGGCUGCGGUGUUAGACGACACGUCCGCUAUGGACUCCUCCAGUCAAGACCUCAGUCGCUCGGCGGGUCCGAUGGGGAGCUCCAGACCUCGCAGGAUGGUGGCCAUCUUUGACUACGACCCGAGAGAGAGCUCUCCCAAUGCAGACAUAGAGGCUGAACUGACCUUCAGCGCAGGCGACGUUAUCUAUGUGUUCGGUGACAUGGACGAUGACGGCUUCUACUAUGGGGAUCUCAAUGGACACAAAGGCCUCGUACCAUCCAACUUCCUGCAAGCUUUUCCAGAGACAGAAGAAGAUGCAGCACGGACGGAGAACACGGUGACGGAGAGCCGCAGGGAUUCACAGGGGAGUCAGACAGAAUCGUCUGAGCAUCUUGAUCCUCUGAGCUCCUCUCAUCCAGGACUAAACCCUGAGCCGGACUCAGAUCAGAAACCGUCCCUGAGCUCGUCUUCACCCGUGACCCCUCUGGUCCCCGACACCUCCCUGCCUCAGAAGAAGAAGAACGGGUUCUUCUCCAAGGGAAGGAAGCUUUUCAGAAAGCUGGGCUCCAGCAAGAAAGAAUAACUGUGAGCCUGAAGAUCUGCAGAUUGCACUUUUUCUUGUGUGUCGUGUCAGUCAAUCCAAUAGAAUCUUUCUCAUUCUGUGAUUUUUGCCAUAAUGAUGCAGAUUUACCAGCGCUUUCGUCUGUCCGACUGUUUCUUCUUUUCAAAAAAAGCAAAUAAUCGCAAUACUUGUGCAAAUAGGGAAAGGGUCUGAACCCAUUAAAGCUGUGACUAGAGCUCAUGCCUGUUUAAAAGCGAUCAAAUACUCAUUUAAAGAGUAAAAAGAUAGCAAAAUAUUCUAAAUAAAUGCUCCGCUAUAAUAUAACCGCAUCUAGACAUGAAUCUGCUAGUGUCUCAAACAUCAUCCUCUGAAAGGCAGAGCACACUUAGAAGACGGAUGUUGAAUUCUGGAAAAUAAAGCGUGAAAAUAAAGGGACAAAAUCAUUUUUUGCACUACAUGUAGGGUCCAAGACUGCAGAGCUGUGUUCCUUCACCUGGUGUUAUCCAGUUAAAGCUAGAAUAAUACACCAACUCAAAUCAUUACACAUUCAUUCAUUCGUUUAUGCUGGAGAACAUCUGAAUGAUCGCCGACUGAACGAAAGCUUUCUUAUUGUCUAUAUCACAAUAUUUCUGGAUUAUCUGAUUAGUAAUGUUGUUGUAUUGUACUGAAAAUAGGGUUUUGUUAUAUUCUACACACUCCUGUGUGGAAGCCCGUUUCUGCCGCUGAAUUAAAAUUAAAAAACUUUAGUUUAGAGUUUACAUUUUACAGUUCUGACUUUUUUAACUCAGAAUUUUCCAAGAUAUAAACUUGCAAUUUUUAGGUAUUAAGUCAGAAUUGCAGUAUGUCAAUUAGAAAUUGCAAGAAAUAAAGUCACAAUUUUUUUUUUUAAGCAAUUCUGACUUUUUCCCUUGUAAUUGUAUGUUUAUCUCGCAGUUCUGAAAUUCAGUCUUUAUUUACCAAACUCACGACUGCGACUUUACGUCACACAAUUCUGACUGUAUUUCCCAGAAAUGUGAGAUAUAGUCUGAAUUACAAAUUUAUAUCACGCAUUUCUGAAUUGUGAGAUGAAAAAGUUGUGAUUAUUUAUUUAUUCAUUUAUUUGUGUGUGUGUUGCAGAAAGGGGCUUCCAUACCUCUGUGCUCAUUUAGGCAAUCGAUUGCAUUCUUAUGCAUUUUUUUUUUCAUGUAAUUGAAGAUUAUGCUUGCAUUUGCUCAAAAAAAAAACCAGCAACAAUACAUAUUUACUAUCAUUUCCAACUUUUUGAUUAAAGUCGUUUGCAUGCUAAACAUCACAUUGAACCGGAAAAUGUUGAUCGUUCUUUGUAAAUGUAAUAUUGUGCAUCUGAUGAUGCACUGAAGCUUUUAUUGUUCGUAAUGAACUUUGCAUUUAAUUCUGCUUCACCUUUUCUCAAACUCGCCGACCUGGAUCUCACUUUACAAUAGUGACAUUAAUAAUUCACGAAACAGAGAAACAUUGGCUUCUUUCAGCAUGAGCUCUGUCUUCACUCUUCUUGCUUAGUUCCUGAUUUCUUUUCCUCCGUUUUAGGAGCGUCGUAAUACAGACACAGCAUGUGAGCGUAACGCCACAAACCCUUCAACUUCACGUUUGUUUUUCUAGCGCCAUCUGCUGGUUCUUGCUAACAUGAAAUCAUUUCUCAGGUCGAAGCGCUCAUCAGUUUCGCGUCUUAAGUCAGCUCUUGCUCUUCUCAGGCAAGACUGUCCAAACCACACGAUCUUGCCAAAGCUUGAGGUGCUCUGCACGUCACCACAGCGACCAAUCACAGAACGCCAGGCAUUUACAGGGGCGGAGCUAGAACCCAAAAGCCCUCACAGACAGGAAGUAGGUGAAAGUUUUGACCGUUUCUCAAACUGGCAGAACAGAAUAUACAAAGAAAAUUGUGCUUUAGCAUUAUUGCAGAUUGUGUGUGCCAUCAAACAAACACCCUUGAUCAUUUUUUGGGUCGUGAUGCGCUGUACAGCCCCUUAAUAUCAACUAGUCAGGUGAUUUUCCCCUCGCUGCACAAUAUAAUCCAGACGCAUGAUGCGAUUCCUGCCUCGGUGAAGCUGAUGAACACACAGGCCACAGAUCGUACCAUCAUAACUUCAUAUCCUAGGCCAUAAUACUAAAAAACUAGCCUUAUAAGACCUUGUUUAGUCUUAACUUCAAGUUUACCACAGCUGUGUUUGUAAUGACUGCAUGCAUGAUGGGUUUCCAUCUAUACUCGGCCUUAUUUAUUCUAUUUAUGUGUCGUAAUAGUUGCACGUAGCUUUGUUUGGCCGUGCGCGGCAUUGAGCUCGCUGUAUUUUUGUGAUUUGAGGGAUGAUGUUUUCAUACAGCCAGAACGAGACUCUAUUCAUGUGUCUGUCCUGAACGAUGUUUUUUCUACAUUUUUGUAAUGCAUUUUUUGGAAACUCAUCUGUAAAUACGGCUUCUUUUGGUAAAGUAUUUUUCGGGUUUCUCUUGUGCAUGCUGUUUUUGGAUAGUGACACAGGCUUCUUGCUUUGUGGGGAAAGUCAUUGAAGUGAAUGACAAGACUUGUUGCAAUAUGUACUUUUUACAGAAAUAAAGUAUAUUUUCACAUAAAAUGA